AUGGCACUCAUGAAUCAUGAUAUUAUGUUGUUCUUAAAAGUCAUGAAUGCAGCAUAUAACAUGAGAUGGCUUUUAUAUUUACUGAAAGCCUAUUUUAAAUGUGCAUAUGAGUGCUUUGAUAGACGCAGAAGGCAGGAGGAGAUAACCAAUUGUGUUGAAAAUUGCAGCAUUCCUCUUGCUAAUGUGCAACAGUCUUUUGAUCAUGAGAUGGCAUUCUUUCAGCUAGCUAUAUCCUGGAAUUCAGGUAAGCUAGCUAUAACCCCCCAGCAGACAUGCCAAAGCCAUAAUCUUGCUCUUCUUGGAAAAAACGUGUGGCAAGUCAUCAAGGGUGAGGAUAAGCCUUGGGUCUCUUUGGUGAAAGAGAAGUAUGGUGUGCAUGGGAAUUUUCUUUCGGCCCCUGUCAGACGUGGCUCAGUUGUUUGGCGGGCUAUUUUGAAGACUAAGGAGGUAAUGCAAGGUGGGUUUUCUUUUAAGCUGGGGAAUGGUAGUUCCUCAUUCUGGUUUGAUGAGUGGCUUGGGAAUUUUAAAUUGGGCGCCAUAGUUCCAGCGGUGGAUAUUCAUGAUGUACAGCUUACUGUGUGUGAUAUGGUGAGGGGUGGUUCCUGGGACUUGGCUCAGCUGUAUACUAGUCUUCCGAGUGACAUCAUUGAUUCGAUCUUGGCGCGCGGGUGCUUGCUUAAUGAGCGAGUUCCAGAUUGCUGGACCUGGUCAUUUGACUCUUCAGGACUCUAUUCUGCUAAGUCUGGGUAUCAGUGGUUAAUUCAUGAGCGGUUGCCUCCAGCGGUCGUUGGCGCAUAUGCUGAUUGGAAUUGGAUUUGGCGUCUCAAAGGCCCCUUUAAGAUUUUGUUCCUGGUUUGGCUUGGAUGCCAGAAAGCGCUUCCAGUUAAUCUCCUCAGGUUUCAGCGUAAUAUGGCAGCUUCUCCUAUGUGCUCUCGGUGCAACCUCUACCCGGAGACAAUUUUGCACUGUCUGCGUGAUUGCUGGUUCGCUCGGAGGGUGUGGCUUCGUUUGGGUCUCGCGGCGUCGCAUCCUUCCUUUGCCUUACCAGAGCCUAAUCAGUGGUUUAAGCGGGUCGUGGAGGAGGCAGAGGCGGUCUCGCUUGCUGCUAUCUGGGCAAUUUGGACCGCUCGAAACAGAGCAUACUUCGACCACACCUUUAUUCCUGAGGAGAAAGUCUUGCGAUCGAUUCUUGAUCAAAAGGAGCUGUUUUUGCUUGCGUGGCCUCCGUUGCAGAGAACGUCUGAGCCGAGGUUGGUUUCGUAG